AGUGUAAAAUGAUAUUUUAUUAGGUAUUCGUAAAGGUGAACGUACUUGUCUGAAUUUCGAGAAUCCUACUUUGUCUGAGUGAGGUCUUGAGGAUCUUUGAAUCGGGGUGGAUGGGGACUUAAGGGAUAGCGAAACGAAUUUUACAGGCUUACUCUUGCUCUCGAGGAUCCUUGAAUAAUUUUAAUAUCAAAUAAUAGAUACAUAGAGAUGUUGAAAUUUCAAAUAUAGAUCUUUGAAUUGGGGUGGAUUGGGGAGUGCAACUCGGUGCACGGUGGAAUUAAUUUUUGAGUCUAAAAAAAAAAAAGAACAAAACAAAACAAUACAAUCAACUGCAAACGAUACAUGGUACCACAGUUGCCCUCGUACCCCAUUGCAUCGUUGGAAGCUGUCGCGAUUCCUCGAGCGAGGAUGCGUCGACGUAAACUGUCGCUUAAUAAUCACCCUCGUCGAGGAUCCGUCGCGAUACCUAAGAUUGCUUACCAAGAGAUCACGGCGAGGCGCCCGGGCGCUGAUUCGUGACGAUGAUUAUUAUUCGCCCAGGCGUCAUAAAUAAUAAAGGGAGGGGGGAUUACGUAGGUCGGUGUAAUUGAAUCAAAAUAAUGUAGAGGUAUCGUGUUGUAAGCUCGGCCAAUCAUAACUCAGGUGGCCAUCUCGUCCUGCUCUGUGCUGGAGCAGAGGAGGCAAGGGGGUGGGCGUCGAGGGUGUCUCUAUAUAAAGGGUGUCAUCUCUAACCCAGGGACACUUGUUCCACCACCAACAGGCCGCAAACGUCGCCGACGUCGCGACGUCUCGUACCGCGCGGGAUCUUCGUAUUUUCUCACGAGUUUCUUCACCAGUUCGAAGUCGAGGAAUCGGAAGUAUCGGUCCGCACAUCCCCCUCGAUACUUACGACAUGAGUGCGUUAUCGUCGCUCUACGUGCUGCCCUUCCUCUGCAACUGGUUCCUGGUGUCUUCCUCCAUGCUAACGCCCCUGAGAGCCGACGGGAACCUGAGGAUCUUCAAGGACGCGCCCAGCGACUUCGAGUACGUGCUGAAGAGGCACGGGAACAGCGGUCGUUCCGACGACGCCGACUCCAAGGAACGGCGAAGCAACGUUGGCUCGUCGUCUUUCAUCAGAUUCGGCCGUGGCGAUUCCGAAGUGAACGCCGAGAAGCUCCUAGACGGCGAGGCCGACGACGGAUCCAAGGUCAGCAGGUAUCCGCGAUGGAAGUCUCCGGACGUGGUCAUCAGGUUCGGUCGAUCCGGCUACAAGGCUGCCAAUAGGGAGUUCAAGCGGGGAAGGAACGACCUGAACUUCAUCAGGCAAGCAUCAUACGGCAGGAACACGCAGAUGUACCCCCUGGAGAUCGACCUGACGGCGAUGUGCUCCGACCUGAUGCUGAACGACGAGCCGAAGUAUCUCCACCCCUACGAGGCGAGGUUGCUGCGUCUGUGCAACGUCCUCGACGACGUCGACGUCGAGCACAGGAACUCUCUGAGCUAUCUGGAGAACCGACUCGACUCGAAGCACGAGUAAAGCCCUUGCCCAGGUCCAUCGAGCGAUCAUCGUCAGGAUUUGCGUCGACGGGCGUGCAGGAAUCAAAACGGGAACGUCGAGGGGGAAGACACCUUCGGAUCCUGAAAUUCCCGCGAACAACGUUAUCAUCGGCCGAUCGUGUUAUCGAGACCUUCAUUUUCGUUUAAUCGAAUCAGCCUCCCUUUUCCUCCAGUCAGCCGCGACGCGAUGGACCGCUUCCUUCUUUUUUUUUUUUUAAAGUAAUUGAAAUGCAAGAGUAACGAAACGCAAUUGGCGACUGCCACGACUAAAGCCGCGAGCUCUUUGUUCGGAGGCGAUCCAGUAACGUGGUUACUCUUAAUAUUAUUUUAACAUUAAGCUAUUCGAACUAGUAAUUGCCUCCCCUCCCCCUCUCACCCCUCGAAGAUAGACUUUUGAUUUAUUUAGCGAUGAUUAAACGCAUAAAAUUCGAGGCAUCUCGUGUCUUGUUCAGGAGGUUCUCUGUGUCGAUGGUUAUGUUUAUACCGUGCGAAGCGUGCAAGCUACGAAACGAUUCUAUUUGUUCUCAUCUCUGUGACAGCGAGGACAGGAAUAUUUAUUGUACGAUAGUUUCUACUGAUAGUCUCCAUAGUCUCUCAGUCUGUGCUUGAAGUACGUCGAAGAACAUUUCGCGCUACUUCGGGUAACAAAAACUUCUCUUCGUUUAAUACAGACUAACCAAGUUAUUUUCAUAAAUCGAUCACUAGCUGUCCAACACGUACAGCGAAAACGUAACAAGAAAUUACUCGGCUGGCGAAUAACGUUGCUCCACGAUAUUCCUUACGGGUACCUUAAUGUACAUCCACCUGCUCCACCGCGUAUUCAAUCAGUAUUCAAUGUACAUAUAAAGGUCUAAUCAUUGCUAUCGACUUUGGCGACGAUCACUUCGACCCUUUCCGUACUACUGCCAUCUAUAGGCGACAUUCACGAUUAUGAUUACUUUCUGUAGCAUGCAUUACAAAAGUUUAGUGUCAAUCACGUUCGAGAUUUCCACGAAUGCCGCUGGCGUACGGUGCAACAACUCUCGUGGAAAACUUUCUCGUACCACGAAAGGAUUAAACCCGAAGAAGAUACGUCGCUAUCGUCGACGACGAUCCUCUUCGUCGUUCCCAUUUCGAGAUUGCUGGAUGCAAGAGGAAACAGGGCUGUAAACAAAUUUCGAUCUUCUGUAACCCUUAAUAAAAUCGAAGAGUACGCCUCGCGAUGAAUAUCUCUCUUCAGUUUUUUAGUUUCUUAACGAAAUGUCCCGUCACCAAUUUCUGGGUGACCUGACGAUCAACGUGUUAAAGGAUAAACUUAUUUAUCCUUUAAUAAUUAUUACGAAGUAUUUAUUUUCUCGUCAGCCCCCCUCUCCGCACCCUUCAAUUUACGAUAAGAGUUAGUAUCACGGUACUGCGCACUGUCUGUAACCUAAACGUCGUUCUUAAAGUGAAUGUAAAUUUAAUACACGCGUAUAAAUUAAAGGAAAAAAAAAACAA